GUUGAAGAAACCUUUGACCGAAGUCUGCCAGAAAGAGAUCCGACAACGUUGCGAAGUCGCUACUUCGUUUCGUCUUCAGGAGGCCACCUACGAUUUGGCCGAUCCAAAAGACGAUGAAACGCUAUGUACAAAUUGUAGAAGCUGGACUGGAUUAUCAGCAUUACAAUUCAAUUGCACAAAAAAAAAAAUUUUGUGCUUAGAAUGCGCAGAGCACGCCAAUACUAUCUGCAUUUGUGAAGAUCCAUGCUGCUAUCUUAGAGUACGGUAUUCGGAUCGCCAUUUAAAAAGUUUGGAGCAACGUAUCAACGAUUUGAUGCAAAUACGUAAAGACCGUUACAAAGCAUUAAUUAAACACGUUGAUACAAUAAAUGCCUUAACGCUGGAACAACUCACACCUAUUGUCGAAACAAACCUUUCAUACAAAUUCGGACUUCCUCUGGAUGAUAUAGAACGUAUAGUCGGCGAAGCUAUAAACUGGGAAAAUAAUUUAACUCUCGUCGCGCUAAAGAGUGUUUAUCAAGCCGGUAAUGACAGGAAAAGUUAUUAUUGCUUCUGCCGUGGCAAGGAUGAUGGUAGUAAAAUGAUCUGCUGUGAUAAAUGUGAUACUUGGUAUCAUUGUGAAUGUAUAAUCAUGAAAGCCGAAGAUACCUCUAAUUAUGGGCAUUGGUACUGUGCUAUGUGUCGUGCGCCUAGGACUGCACGAAUUAAGUUUAUUGAAAACAUGAGACGGAUUGAAAUGCUAGCAAAUGAAGCCGAGAAUCUUCACAUCAACCUUCCGUGUACAAAUGCCAGUUUCAUCACAGAAGUAAAUGCGGAAUUGAAAGGAAUGGUCAACAAUGGUGAUAUACAUUCAAUUCGAAUAGGAGUUGGAUUGGGAUUUGGUGUUCCUCUGGAUGGUUCCGUUGAGGAUGAUACCGAAGAUGACACUGAAGUCGUCAAACGCGUUGAAGAUGUCGGAAUAAAUUCAAGACUUGUUGAAGACGAUGAUGUUGAACCAAAAAAACGAAGGCGGGCCGUAGAAGAACUUGUAGAAAAGAAAAAGAUGAAAAUAAAUUGA